AUGGCCAACAUAGCAGACUUGAAACCUUUCGACAUGUUGACAGAGGUAAUGGCCAACUGCAAAAAAGAGGACGCCUUGGUCGUGGAUGUUGGUCGCAACGAGCAUGGACUAGAGGUCAAGUCUCAGCAACACCUGCUCGACCUUGUAGAUAAUCUCCUCAGCAGGCCCGACAAUUUGAAGAAAUUCCGAUCGCUAUACAUCCUCGGAGCGUGGCGCUUGACCCCCUCCAAGGAAAAUUGGGGGGGAUUUGGAGAAUAUCCAAAGUAUCAUGAGGGUGAACCUCACGUCUUCACCAAACAGGAAGAGGAAUGGCAUUUGGCUGGCAAGAAUAUCGCGAGGCUUGCCGCAGCCAUGCCCAAUAUUGAAGAGCUAAUCUGGCUGGCGAGCCUCGCCUUCACCGCGCACGUCUGGGAAGGUCUGAACACCUCCAUGACCAAGAUUAUCAUCGAUCUCGGUUAUCCUGUUCGACUGAUAGUAAACGGCUUUUCCGCCCACGAGUCCUUCAUCACCAGCGACGAGUUGAAGCCUCUGGUCCAGCAGACCAAGCUCAAGGAGCUCCGUCUCUUCCACAUGAAAGACGACUCGUACUCGUACCAGCCUGUCAUCUGGGAGACAGUAUACCGCAACAGCAACGAGAAUGGCAUGCGACUACUCGAUAUCAACAUGGCCGACCCUCCCAUCGUGCGCUCCGAGCACUGGCACAAGGCAGAAGACGUCGCUGGCCUGACCGUCGCGCACUGCAAGACUGGAGACAAGGACUACAAGCACGUCACUACCCUACAUCACCAGCCACCCACCCACUCCUCACACUGA